AUGUCAAUUUUAGGAGUUUUCAUGAAAAUUGAUUUUAUAAAAAAUUUGGUGAUGAAACAAUGGUACAUAGAUUGGUUAACAUGCUCUCCAUCAGAAAACAGGRUAUAUUGUUCACACUGCAUGUUAUUCGGCAAACAUCGUCAAAGAGCGUGGGUCCAUGAUAGAUUCCAACAAUUUAAAAAUGGAACAAUAGCCUUGUUGACACAUGAAACUAAAGAACAAAGAAAGCAAGUAGCUUUUAAUAGAGAAAUCGUGAGUCAACUAGUAGAAGUCACAAAGUUCCUUAGACAACAUUCGCUCGCAUUUAGAGGUCAUCGAGAAAAUUGGUCAARAAUCAUCAAACAAAAUUUUAAAGACUUGCUAUUGCUUCUGAGCAACCAUUCUCCUGUGAUUUCUGUCCACAUUGCUAACAUAAAAACACAUUCUAGAAAAGAAUUAUCUUUCAUUAGUUGGGAUCGUCAAAAUUUAUUGAUUAAUGCAAUAUCCCCAGAAAUAGUUUCUUUUAUCAAAUCAGAAUUAAAUAAUGCACAGUUUUUUGUAUACGUAUUGAUUCAACAUUUAAUAUCUCUAGAAGAGAAGAAGUAUCAUUCAUUGUACGUUAUGUUGAGGWCUCAUUAUGAAAUUAAUGACCGAUUACUUGCAAUGAAGGAUUCAGUAGAAACCGCUGGACCAGCUCUAUUUAAUUUAUUUUCAAAAGUAAUAAAUAGUCACAAUAUUGAUUGGAAAUCAUAUCUCAUUGGACAAUCAUAUGAUGGUGCAGCAAGCAUGCAGGGAAAAUAUAAUGGGUUACAAACAAAAGUUAAAGAAUUAUGUUCUCAAGCAACUUUUGUGUGGUUAGGUCAUGCUCAUCGUCUUGAUUUGAUAGUGGUUUGA